AAAAAAAAAAAAAAAAAAAAAAAGUGGGGCAAGAACAACGCCUGAUUUCAAUAAGUAAACUUAUUGAUUUAUUUUAUUUUAAGACAAAUACACAAACACAUUCGUCUUUCUUUCUCUUUUUCUCAUUGAUUUUUUUUCCUCAUAUAUAUCAUAUAAAUAUAUAACUUCUAUGGCUACUCAAUCACUUAUUGACAUUAACUCUCUAUCUCCUAAAUUCCAAGAUCUUUAUGCAAAGGCUAAAGAUUUUGUUGAGAAUGAUUGUAUUCCUGCAGAAAAGACUUAUGAACUUCAGAUGGGAAAAGGUGAAAACAGAUGGAAGAUUAUUCCUCCUAUUUUAGAAGAACUGAAAGCUAAGGCAAGAUCAUUGGGCCUUUGGAAUCUUUUCUUAGGUCAGGACUAUGAGGAAGGUGCAAAUUUAACUAACCUUGAGUAUGCUUUAAUUGCUGAAAUUACCGGUCGUUGUCCCAAAAUUGCGCCAGAAGCUAUGAACUGUUCUGCUCCAGAUACAGGAAACAUGGAGGUGCUUGCCAAAUAUGGUACACCUGCACAAAAGGAAAAAUGGCUUCGACCUCUCUUGGACGGUAAAAUUCGAUCUGCCUUUGCCAUGACUGAACCUCGAGUAGCUUCAUCCGAUGCCACUAAUAUUGAAACUAGUAUUCGCCGUGAGGGUAAUGAAUAUGUGAUUGAUGGUUUAAAAUGGUGGAUUUCAGGUGCAGGUGAUCCUCGUUGUGCUGUUUAUCUUGUGUUGGGCAAGACAGAUGCAGAUAAUAAAAAUAAACAUCGUCAACAAAGUAUUGUUAUUGUCCCUGCUGAUACUCCAGGCAUUACAGUCGUUCGUCCUAUGACAGUCUUUGGUUAUGAUGAUGCUCCUGAGGGUCACUGCGAAAUUAUUUUUAAAAAUGUUCGUGUUCCUAUCGAAAACAUCAUUCUUGGUGAAGGUCGUGGGUUUGAAGUCAUUCAAGGACGACUAGGACCUGGUCGUAUUCAUCAUUGUAUGCGUUGUAUUGGUAUGGCUGAGCGUGGAUUAGAUUUGAUGUUGGCACGAGUUACAGAUCCUGCUCGUCGAACAUUUGGUAAAUCACUAGCUGAACAUGGAACAGUGGUGACAGAUAUUGCUAAUUCUCGUAUUGAAAUUGAUCAGGUUCGCUACUUGGUCCUGAGUGCCGCAAGAAAAAUUGAUCUUGCUAAGGCUAAAGGUGCUAUGAAAGAGAUUGGUAUGGCAAAAAUUGCUGCUCCUUCUAUGUUACUACGUGUUUUAGAUCGUGCUAUUCAGGCAUAUGGUGCUAUGGGUGUCUCUCAGGACACACCUUUAGCUCAUUUCCAUGCUUCUGCAAGAACUCUUAUGUUUGCUGAUGGCCCUACACCUGUACAUGAAGCUCAAGUUGGUAAAAUUGAACUUCGACGUGCUGCAGAAAUUACUGCAAAAAUGAAAACACAAAAAGAAAAGUCAGACUUAUUAGCUUCUAAGCUUUAAAGUGAAUAUAAAAAAGGGGGGCCUAUUUUAUAUAAAUCAGUUUAUAGCAUUUAAUUUAUCAUAUACGUUAUAAAGCAAACAUUUAAUAAACUAAAGUAAAUAUUUUCAAAGAAUGAUAAA